UUUCGCUCGAUUUGGAACUGGAACGGACCAUGAAAACAAGCAAUCUCGGCCUGUACGCUUUCCGUUUAACCUUCGGUCAGGCGCCGACGCUGUCCACACAGGCCACGACGCACUGCAGCCAUGGCUUCACCACCAGCUCGUCGUCGCCCAACCGUGUGGUGACCCGCUCGGCCACCAUGCUGGCGCUCUUCGGCAUCGCGCUGUCCUCGUUCAGCCUUAAGCAACUGCUGGCCAAGAAGCAGAAGCAUCAGGGCCUGCGCAAGCUCUAGAAUGGAGCUAUAGCCAGGAAGAUCAGAGCGAUGCCAACGCCAACGGUUGAAGCGGCGAAGAGGAGCCAGAGCGCCAUGUCCUGAGGUCACACAUUCGAUUCUUACAUCAUCCGCCAUCAUCGUGUAUAUUUGCCUAAGUUAAGUCACCCACUCACCACAGACCCAAGCGGAACUCGGACAUGGAGGCUUGUUUUGUAAUAUUCUGAUCGAUAAACUAACUGAUCGGAGGCGAGGAUCUGUGCGCAUAUAUAGAUAUAUUUUCUUGUUUACACAUGCACACCAUGCGUCGCCAACUAAAAGGAAUAAAUUUGUGAUAAAUCGUGUAUGAGAAAAGCCCAUCGGCAGACAAACUGAACGAAGGAGCGAUGGAGGAAAGGAUUCGCUGAGCUUGCGGGAAUCCCAAAUUUUCCUAUACUCUUUUGUUGCCCGUUUUAGUUAUAUUUAUUUUUUGUGUAAACAAGUCUAUCAUAUACGUAUAUUUAUUUACAAGUUAUUUGCAAACCAGAGAAACGACUAAGUAGGAAGGUAUACAACAAUAAUGACUUCCUUGGACUGCAGAUCGCCGAGCAGGCUGUGUCAGUAUCCAAGAAACAAACUAGUUCUAGUUCCGUAUUCAAAUAAAUGCAUUAUAUUCAAUUCGAAAA